AUCUAUGAAGAUGAAAAGCGCACAAAAGAAUAUUUAUUGGGAUGGACAGAAUUAUAUCAUGCGGGAGACUUUAUCACUCAGCACCGGUCACAAGACAGUCCCUCAAAAAUUAUAUUUUUAAUAUGAAAAAAAAGACUGUGUGUUAUAGCUAUUUUAAGCUAUUGCGGAAAGUUUACCGAUGGCAGAAGAGUCAAUACCGGUCACUCUGCAAGGCACAGAACCUAAUAAAGCUGUACUACAUGCUGAAUGUCAACAUUUCGAAGCAGCUGAAGACAGGCGAAACUGUGAACAGGUAUAUGCGACUGACUACGUCAUAUGGUCUGAAAAAAUGCUUGCUGAUGAACAAUUUGUAUCUGAUUUGGAUGUUAUAGAUAUGUCUGAUGUCGGAGAUAACAAACAUCUAAGACAAAAAAGAUCUGCUAGAGGUUCAAAGUGUCCAACAUUCAACACUGACUAUACUACCAGAAAUAAAAAGAAAGUCAACCAAUUGAGUAUUUCGCCAUGGAAAUAUGUUUUAACUUAUGAUAAGAACAGACUUCCGCGAAGACUACUUAAUGCCACUUGUCUCUGUGACGGAUGCAUCAAUAUAAGGACAUUGCGGGAAGAUCAAAGCGUGAUAAGCAAAGAACUCUAUUUCGAGAUUCUUAUAAUGAAAAAUAACAAACUAACGAAGCAAAGAGUGAACAAUGGUUGUUUCUGUAGUUUACCGUUACUAAUCGAAACAGAGUAACUUAGAGUACCUAAUGAAGGAACAUAGGAAAACUGAUUAUGACAUUUUUUGCUUUGUUUUUAUGUGCAUUUUUGAAAUUUUUUUUCACCGUAGCUUGAUAUUCAAUAUUUUGUUAUAUAUAUACAUGAAGUUUAGUCAAUUAUUCGUCAUUGCAAUUAUUAAAAUUACUUUUAUUUUGUGUUAUAUUUUAAAAACGAAUAUUCAUUAGGACAUAGGUUCUCAAAGUGCUCCGUACGGAGCCCCAGGGCUCCGCGAGAGAAGCCUAGGGGCUCCGCGAGCUAUUUGAUUAGUUUUCAAAAGACUGACUUGGCUAAUUUUGUAACUGUCCAAAGAAGCAAUAACAGCUUUAAUAAAAUUUGGCAACAGUAUAGCCUCGAAAUAUGACAAAGUGGCGGAAUUCGAGAUUUACAUUAUUUAUAAGCAGGAGCGCAGCCAGAAUUCUUAAGGGAGAGGGGGGAUCAAAAUUGGAAUCGGAAAUUUCCGCGCAACAUUAUUCGCGAUUAAGUAAAAAACUUUUUUAGUGGAUAACGAGAUUUCUGUUGCGUAAAAUAUUCAAUCCAUGACUGAUGCAACAUUUAAAAUGUCUUGUCAUAAUAAUUUAAUUGUGCUCAUCGUUACUCACGUUUGAUUCAAGAUUACUACGAGGAUUACUUAAAUAAAAGAUUACUAUUCUAAAAUAGCAUAAAAUACGUGAUAAGUUGCCAACUAUAAAUAAAUUGAAAUCGUAUUUUCGCGAUCUUGGGAUUUGUCAAACUUGAUUUGUUCCUUCGCACUCGAGAUUAUUUUUAAGCAAGAUAUCGCCGUUCCAAAAAUCCCGAGGUCCACGUUAAAACUCAAUAAGUACAAUAUACAAUUGUGCAAUCCAUGACCGAUGCGGGCAUAUUUAAAAUGACUUGUUUAUUGGGUUAAUUGUGUUCAAUGUAACCUGCGGUUGUGUCACUUACAAUAGAAAAUCAUUACUUCUCAAAUAACCACGGCAAUCCGCGAACAUGAAAUGAGAAACAAUGAAACAAAGUUAAGUGAACGAAGUUCUUGUGGACUACCGUAUAUCCUGAACAACGCUGUUAUCAUAAGAUAUUAGGAACAGAGUCAUAUUGCCGACAAAAGAACAUAAUAUCUACUACCGGUGCCAGAAGUUUGAUAAGAUAUUUGUGCCCGUCCCGAUCAAAUCGUAAUCAUGACUGAUUGAUUGCGUGGCAGUGUGGCGGAUUAUAGCGAUUUAGCGAAUUCGACAAAUUUGAGCCCUUCUUGCAGCACUGACUCCACCCUAUCGCAGGUCUCCCACUCAGAUUCUUUGCAAGAUAUCACCCGAUCAUCGUUUAAAAAAUCACAAGGUGUAGGCAAAAUACAAACGAUUGCAAUUUAUGUUAUCG